GUUUGUCUGUGAAAUGAAAUGAAUCACUGUAAUUGCUUCUGGAUGCCACAAAAUACAAGAUUCGUGAUUUGUGAAUGACCCGUCCUUUACGCGCAGCUUUCACGCGUGCGUUUUGCCUUCAUUUGAUUUAUUUAUCUAUCAAUAAAUGAGGUGUUUCCUGCAGCCGCUAAACUAAGCCCGAGAAGCUUCGUGGAGGAGGCAUCGUAUAAAGUUUUUGUUUUCAGAGAGUGGCUCAACACUGAGGGGAAAAUUAUUUUUCAGCGGGUUUUAAAGCCACAUACCCCUCCCCGCCCCCUACGCGCCACAUCCAGGCCAGCUCCGAUAACCGCCACCGACAUUUAUUCUCCCAGACCUUCAAGCCCCGUGGCUCCUAAUUGAUCUCUAUACAUGGUAAGGUCCUCGCUUGUUUGGAGAAACGUCGCCGUGCGCGCCUGCUCUACGCCACAGUUGGAUGUGGGCCAAGAAAACCCAGAGAAAAAUGCUCCAGAUUCAAUCUGCAGAUGUUAAUGAAGCCUUUGAAGACAAAGGCACGUGACUGAUGUUAUUUUACGCACACCUGGCAGACGCUUUUGUCCAUCUGAUGUUUUAAACUGAUCUUGGCCUGAUUUCCACCUGGACCUCUUCCUGCUCCUCUCAGGCUCUGUGACUAUGAGCACCUCGGGGCUUCAGGCCACUAACCGGCAGAAUGCGAAGGAGCUCGACAGCAUGAAGGAAUCCAUCAGCGAUAUCAUCAACCAGCUCCAGGACAUCGACCCGGCCAGGCUCUCCUUCUCCCCCUUCCUGGAUCUGGACACUCAGAUCUCUUUGGCUCCGGUGUCAGACAGCCCUGAGUCGUCGGUGGAGGAGCUGCACUCGUCCUCCCACUCUGUCUCCGGCUCCCAGCGCUCGCUGGAACCGCCACCAGCGACGGAUCAGCCAAGGAGCUCUGCUCCUUGCCACCAGCAGUCUGGCGUCAGCCUCCCAGAAGAGCCUCGAGCGCGUCGUGGGGAGGAGGGGGAGCUGGAUCAAACUCUUUCCAGUCCUAUCAUCGCGGCGCGCAAUUUGGACGCCGCCACGGAAAACUGCGUCGGCCCUCCAACCCCGGCCUCUCAGGGAGACAUUCCCAACGGCACAGACGCACCGAGAUGGAGUCCAGAAUCCGCCAAUCUGGACUGCACUGUGGACGAGGGUCGGCCUCUGAUAGGGCCGCCGCCGGAGAGCGUGGAGCUGGCUGUGUGGAGUUCCGAGGCCCGUGGAGAGACUUGCGUGGCUGCGCGGGAGGCUUCGGAUCGGGGACGAUGCCGCUGUUGCCAGUGCACAUGCUGUCAGAGCAGCCGAGUCCCCGCUUUCUUCUCGGUGCUGGCCUCGCUUCUGUGUGCGUCCGGGAUCCUCUAUGCACUCUAUUUCUACGUGCCCAUCAAACCCCCUGACUUCCCUGACGUAACCAGCCGCAUCGUUUUCACCUUGUGCUGCUGUGUGGUGGCUGCUGUCCCCAUCCUGCUCGCGAUGCUCAUGGGUGCAGCCUGCCAGUUCUGCAGCGGCUCCUUCGAUCUGCAGGAGUCGUUUCCCAGAAGAGGUGCGGUUCAGCAGCUUUUCGUCACCACCUCCCUGGAGCAGUUACUCCUCUACGUCCUGAACCUUGUUGUUAUGGCUGCGCUACUGCCUCAAGACCAGCUGAAGUUGGUGCCUAUCCUGGUCAUAAUGUUCAUCUUUGGAAGGCUUGUUUACUGGGUCGCCCUGAACACGUGCAUCUCCUGGCGAGGCUUCGGCUCCGGUCUGAGCGUCUUCCCGCUCCUCGCCAUGGUGGCUCUCAAUCUGUUCCUCAUGUACAUGCGCCAUCUCAGAGAGCCGCUUUUUGGCUCUCAGGACGUCCUCUAUAAUCAGGUCACUCCCUCUUCCUGGUCAUCACAGAGCCCGAGUCCCACACCAGACAUCCUGGACGCUCAGUGAUGAGGCGAGCUGCCUGCUUCCUUCUCCGAGAGGAGGAGAUCUUUCCAAAAAUAGCCCAUUCCUGUGGUCUGCAGUUCAGCACAGCUACCCAUGCUGCCACUGCAACCUCCGACUCUGUGACGGCUUGACUUGUGUUUUCUUGCUCCUCCCUAUACACAACCUUUUAUGUGGAUUCAUGCUUAUUAUCUGAAAUGCAAGAGCUCCGCCUGCUAGUGGCUGAGGAUGCCUUUGAACAAUGCUGUAGUCAUAAAACAUUUGUCCUUUUAAGCUAUUCCAGUGCCUACAUUUAAUGUUUGAACUCUAAAUACUUAAAAGCUCUGCUAUAUAUACAUACAUAUAUAUGGCUGGAUUUGGUUUGACCGAAACACGAGCAAAGCAGCUGCAGUUGUCAGACUUUAUUAUUAUUUGACAAAGUUUGUACAUGAUGAAGACAGAAUAAAAGCCAUUUUGUAAAAAAAAAAAAAACGAAUGAAAAA